AUGUCCCAUUUCGAGUGCGAUAUCCGGGUUCUUAGAAACGGCUUUUGGAGAUCGGUCACUUCUGAGGAACUUGUUCCCGGCGAUGUAUUUGAGUUCUCAGACCCUUCUCUAACCCAGGUUCCCUGUGAUUGUAUCUUGCUAUCUGGGGACUGUAUCGUGAAUGAGAGCAUGCUCACAGGCGAAUCCGUUCCAGUUUCAAAAACCCCCUUGACAGAUGACGCUCUUGAUUAUCUCAACCUAAGUGCUCCUUCGGUCCACCCGGAUAUUGCCAAACACUUUCUCUUCAAUGGAACCAAGAUAAUCAGAGCGCGGCGCCCGCAGCGUGUUGACGAUGACGAGGCUAUUGCGCUAGCGAUCGUUAUGAGGACGGGAUUCUUGACAACCAAGGGCGCUCUUAUCCGCUCGAUGCUCUUUCCAAAGCCUUCAGGCUUCAAAUUCUAUCGGGAUUCGUUCCGGUACAUAUCUGUCAUGGGUGUGAUUGCUCUUUUGGGGUUCAUAGCGUCAUUCGUCAACUUUGUACGGUUAGGCCUUUCAUGGCGUCUAAUCAUUGUCAGGGCUCUCGACUUGAUCACAAUAGUCGUGCCACCGGCACUACCAGCUACCCUAACCAUUGGCACUAAUUUUGCACUGUCUCGAUUGAGAAGCAAGAACAUAUUUUGCAUUAGCCCGCAGAGGGUUAACGUGGGUGGAAAACUUGACGUGGUAUGCUUCGAUAAAACAGGAACCCUCACAGAAGACGGGCUGGAUGUCCUUGGUUUGCGAAUUAUGAAUGAACAGACAAGACUGUCAGAUCUCGUGUCGGACGUGUCGUCGAAACCGCCCACAGAAUCGAGCGCCGAGUCGGUGCCAUGCUCGGAGAAAUAUAAUACGAUUGUCCGAAUUAUGGCGACCUGCCACUCUUUAAGAGUAGUAGACGAUGAGCUUCUUGGCGAUCCCCUAGAUGUGAAGAUGUUUGAGUUUACUGGUUGGUCUUUCGAAGAAGGUGGGGGUCAUGCACCUGAGCAUCAGAGCUCUGAACAUGAAACCAUUGUUCCGUCCGUUGCCCGGCCUCCUGGCUAUAACACAUCUGUCGACAGUAGUGGUCAGGAAGCUAUAGAACUCGGGAUCUUACGCAGCUUUGAGUUCGUGUCACAGCUCCGGCGUGCAAGCGUGAUUGUAAGACAAUUUGGCGACAGUGGUGCCUCUGUAUUUGUCAAGGGUGCUCCUGAAAGCGUAAAAGACAUUUGCAGACCAGAAAGCUUGCCUCCGGACUUUGAAGAGAUCCUAAGCCACUAUACCCACAAUGGCUAUCGUGUCAUUGCUUGUGCGGCUAAAUAUGAGCAAAAAUUAAGUUGGAUGAAGAUCCAGAAAAUGACGCGCACAGAUGCAGAGUCUCGCUUGGAAUUCACAGGUUUUAUCAUCUUUGAAAAUAAACUGAAACACAAGUCCAGUGAAACUAUUGCUGAACUGAAUCAAGCCAACAUACGGAAUAUCAUGUGUACUGGUGACAACAUACUUACUGCGGUCAGUGUUGCCCGAGAAUGUGGUAUUAUUGGCCUUGAGGAACAGUGCUACAUCCCACGCUUUGUAGAAGGCAAUGCACAUCACCCUAGCGGGUCUUUAUCCUGGGAAAGUGUCUCGGAUCCAAGCCUUAAACUUGAUUCGCAUACGCUGAUGCCAUUACCGGCUCCUGAUGGGGUUGAUUUAUCUAUCCCCGAAGCCGCCUGCAGUGCCCGUAAUUACUCCCUUGCAGUCAGUGGUGAUGCUUUUAGGUGGAUCUUGGAUCUUGAAGAUGAAAUCGUUGUGAAACGGAUGCUUGUCCGUGGCAACGUGUUUGCGAGAAUGUCCCCAGACGAGAAACACGAGCUUGUGGAGAAGCUCCAGUCCCUCGAUUACUGUUGUGGAUUUUGUGGCGAUGGUGCUAAUGACUGCGGAGCGUUAAAGGCUGCAGACGUUGGCAUUUCUCUAUCUGAUGCAGAAGCUUCUGUUGCUGCGCCUUUUACCAGCCGUCAAUUCGAUGUUUCUUGCGUUCCUACGCUAAUCAGAGAGGGCCGGAGCUCAUUGGUGACAAGCUUCUGUUGCUUCAAGUAUAUGAGCCUAUAUUCGGCAAUCCAAUUCGCAUCAGUCAGCUUUCUCUAUACUUCCGCCUCUAAUCUUGGAGACUUUCAGUUCCUCUUCAUCGAUCUUGCUCUAAUAUUGCCAAUCGCCAUUUUUAUGGGCUGGACCGCACCCUAUCCUAUAUUAUCUCAAAAGCGCCCAACCGCAGACCUAGUCUCGCGAAAGGUCCUGACUCCGCUACUCGGACAAAUCACUAUAUGUGUUCUGAUCCAGCUCGUGGUCUACAAAUCAGUUCAAUCGCAACCAUGGUUCAAGGCCCCUGAUAUCCGGCUGGGGGAAGACAACAACAUAGAAAACUCCGAGAACACGGUUCUCUUUCUAAUAUCUAGCUUUCAAUAUACUCUAGCCAGUAUCGUGCUGAGUGUGGGACCCCCGUUCCGAAAGCCCAUGAGGUCGAACAAACCUUUCCUUGUCGUCAUUGUUUUAGAUUUGGUAUUUGUCUGCUACAUGCUUUAUCGACCAUCAGGAUGGGUAAAGCGGGUUAUGCAGUUGACCCACAUCUCAGACGCUUUCGCUACAUGGCUAUUGGGGCUUGCUCUGGGAAGUUUCCUGUUGGCUUGGCUGGCGGAACGGAAGAUUUUCCCCCAGCUUGCUCACAUACUUGGCCGAGUCAAGAUCCUGCUACAGCCUGGUCAUAAGAAGCAGCGUCGCCAGUAUAAAGUUUUGCUUGAAGAGAUGGGCAGAUAG